CAGGGCGCUAUCAACACAUGACGGGAAGCGGGGGAGGGAGAGAGAGAGAGAGAGCCUGUCACAGGGCGCUUUAAAGAGGAAACUCUGAGCCCCACACAGAGUGAAAGAGCGCAGUGCGCACAGCGGUUCGGUUCUGUGUUACUGAUGGUGAGUUUGUCUUGGGUUCUGUGUUGCUGAUGGUGAGUCUGUGUUGGGUUGUGUGUUGCUGAUGGUGAGUCUGUGUUCCCCCCCGACCUGCCUGAAGUGGGAUAUGAGAGUGAAAGCUCGGAGGAGUUCAGCACUGACUCUCUCUCUCCUUCUUCUCCUCCUUGUGCUGGAUGGUGUUUCCUCUUACACGGAGUUUGAGAUCUCGGUACCCACUCGUGUGCAGACGGCUGUGUACGGCGAGUCGGUGGUUCUGUCCUGCACGUUCCCGGUGAGCGGCUCGUGGGACGCAGACAGCACUGAGAUCAUGUGGCAGCGAAACCUGGAGGUGGUCCACAGUUUCUUCAAUGGCCAAGACCAGCCUCAGUACCAGAACCAGAGAUACGCCAACCGCACCAGCCUGUUCCACCAGGAGCUGAAGAAGGGGAACGCAUCACUCAGGCUGGACCGUACCAUUGUGGAGGAUGCGGGGGAGUACACCUGCUCCAUCAGCACUCAGCUGGGCAGCCAGAGGAAGAGCUUCAGCCUCAAAGUAGCAGCGUUCUACCCCGAGCCUCUUCUGCACAUCUCUAAACUGAAUGAUGGCUAUGUGGAGGUGCUGGUGACCUCAGAGGGCGGGUACCCCUCCCCCUUGCUGCAGUGGUUGAUGGGAAACAUGAGCGACAUCACCAACGACAUACACACGCAGCUGAGGCAGGACCAACACACACGUCUGUACAGCGUAAAGAGUAAACUGGACCUGAGCGGCACCAUCAACUCCUCCAUCACCUUCAUCAUGAAGAACCAAGAUCUGGGCCAGGAGAUCAGGAAGAACAUCAACCUCUUCUCAGGGUCGCAGGCGAGCUGGAUCCUAUCCCAGCUGACUACGGGUGAAAGGCGGGGUUCACCCUGGACAAGUCGCCAGGUCAUCACAGGGCUGACACAUAGACACAGACAACCAUUCACACUCACAUCCACACCUACGCUCAAUUUAGAGUCACCAGUUAACCUAACCUGCAUGUCUUUGGACUGUGGGGGAAACCGGAGCACCCGGAGGAAACCCACGCGGACACGGGGAGAACAUGCAAACUCCACACAGAAAGGCCCUCGCCGGCCACGGGGCUCGAACCCGGACCUUCUUGCUGUGAGGCGACAGCGCUAACCACUACACCACCGUGCUGCCCCUCAUUGAUUUUUUGUUUUUUAUUUAUUUUUUAAAUCGCACUGAUGACCUCACUGUGACCCAGAUCACUGUUACCCCUUUUCCACCAAAUCAGUUCCAGUGCUGGUUCUGGUUCACAACUCGUUCAACUUGCGAGCCAGCUGAGAACCAGUUUGCUUUUCCAUAGCUUGCGGUGCUAAGGGAAGCCAUGUCAGUUACGUCGCUGUAUACGUCAGUUACGUCGUUGUAUACGUCAUUACAUCGCUAUGUUUGCGUAAACCUUGGCGCGAAUAUCGAAGCAAAAACAACACGGAAGAAGCAGCAGCAGCAACAACAACAAUAAUAAUAAUAAUAAUAAUAAUAAUGGAUGACUUCGCGUUUGUACAGCUGCUGCUUCUCGUCGCUUAAAAAUGGCGAUCUUUCGCGGUCUUGUUGUUGGUCUUAACAACUCCGCCCCCCCGCUGACGUAAGUGGUUCUUUCCUCUGGCCCAGCAGAGAGUUGGUGCUAGCCUGGAACCGUUUUUUCUGGCCCAGAGCCAGUUCUUUGUCAGUGGAAACAGAAAACCCGGUUCCAAACUAAGCACUGGCCCCGAACCAGCCCUGGAACUGCUUUGGUGGAAAAGGGGCAUGUGUGAAACUGAGACUCCGCCCACUGUAAGUGGCCUCAGUUCUAGAAUUUACUCUCUGCUUUGUCACUUUUUUUAUGCAUGUGUUUAUUGUUUUUUUGUUUGCAAAUUACAGCAAAUCAGACAACAAAACAUUUUUACAUGCAACAAAGCGAACUUUUUCUCCCCAUUCUCCCUCCCAUUCCCUUCACCAAACAAGUAGAAGAAAGACUAUGAAAAGUAAGAUGAAAAUAAAGCAAAGCAGAAAAGAAGCAAUAAAAUAAAGUUAAAACAAAAAUAAACAACAACCACAAACAAUUUUUUAUAUAUAUUUUUAUAUAUAGACAAACACUGGAAACAUUUGCACUGAUUAAUUUCAGGGGUAUUUCUCAUGACAUCACACCACACAUUCUACUCCCUCACAGCCUCCUCCUGCUGAAGCAAGAGACCAGCAUUAGCAUCAUGUCUUAAACUAAAAAAAGGUCUCCAGAUAUCAUCAAAAACACGCUGUUUCCGUCUAACAAUGUUAUCUUAUCUUUUCCAUCGUCAUGUUUGAUGCCAUCUCUUUAAUCCAUCUUCCAAUUCUUGGCCCAUCAACAUUUUUCCAAUUAAGGGAGAUAAUACGUUUAGCUUGUAAUAUACACAUCUACAAAUCUGGAUUCUUUACUUUGUAAGUGUGGGAUAGUUGGAUAUAUUCCCAGAAGGAAAAGCUUGGGGUCCCGUGGUAACUUCUUAGCUAAUAUUUGGUCGAUCAUAUUAAUAAUUUCUUGCCAGAAGAAUUUCACUUUCACACAUUCCCAUAUGCAGUGGUACAACGUUCCCCUUGCUUCAUCGCACUUAAUACAUGCAUCAGGCAGGGCUUUACAUUCACUUUUUUUGCUCACCGGCCACUGCGGCUAGUGGUUUUCCUGAGUCACUCGCCAUUCAGCCUUUUCACUAGCCACAAUUUUGUUGCCAGGAAAUCGCAGUUUUUUCUUCACCAUGAUGCGUUAAAGUUCGGAAGAUCUAGAUUUAAUUAUGAAUGGCAGCGUAUAAUGUAUCUCUACACAGAGCCUAAUCUAGGGCGCGUAAUACGCGUUUUUAAUCUGUCUGUCGCACAUCCACUUUUUGGACACGAGAGUGAUAUCGCGUAUCCAGAGCCGGCCCGUGGCAUAGGCAAUAUAGGCAAAUGCUAAGGGCACUGCGUCCAUCCAGGGGCGCAGAAACGGGGGGAGAAAAAUUACGACUUCCACUAUUCUGAAAACGAGUCAGCAUUAUAAUGUCUUAGCCUAAUUUAAUUGUACAGCAAAGCAUGUAGUCAGGGUGCGAUUUGUCUAAAAAAGCGGGGUGGGGUGGUGGUUGUUAAUCAUGAAACAAUAAGCGCUCAACAGUGGUUCGCCCUGUCUAUAGUGUGUCUUCGGGCGCGCAAGUGCGCAUCCGCGGCUAUUCUCUGUUUUGUCCAUGUAAUAGCCUAAGUGUUGUUGGCUAAAGAGUGUUUUUGCAUAACGUAGAUAACUGACAUAGAUCUGUUGCUUGUUUUGAAUAUGGCUGCACUUGGAGCAGUCUGUCGGUGUCGUUGAGCAGUCUGGGCUGAAGUAAAGGGCUUUUAUGCACCGAACACGUUUCGCAGCGAGAUAUUCCAAUGGUGCCUGGUAUGUGUUUUUUUUUUUUUUUUUAAAUAAAACAAAGUUGCUUUGUUGAUCUGUGUUCUCAUUAAAAUGACAGUUUAGCAGCUCAUUCAAGCAACCAUGUUGCGAAGAGCUUCCUGGAGGAAAAUAUAAUAAACGCGUUGAAAACAAGAAACAAUCUCAGUGCGUCAAGACUGCAGGGAAACGAAACUAGCACUCAGAUGUGUUCUCUUUACCAGUGCCGGCAAUUGCCUAGAGCGCAGUGUGCCCAGGGGCGCCAAGGGCGACCAAAACCCCACCAAAAAGGAGGGAUGGAGUUAUUGAAUGGAGAUGUUACCAAGUGCAUCAGUGGUGUACAGUGUUUUCAACCAUUGUGCUGCCGAACUCUAGUACCGCGGAACACUAGUGUGCCGUGAGAGAUCACCAAGUGUACCGUGGAAAAUUAUAGAAUGACUGUAUAUUGUAAAUAUUGGCAACAGCGUUUUAGUUUCAGUCAACAUUUUCUACUGGUGAUGUGCCUUGAGAUUUUUUCAUUGAAAAAAGUGCGCUCUGGCUCAUGAAAGGUUGAAAACCUUUUUUACAACACCUCUGAUGCGGCUGGGGAUGUAGAAAUACGCGCUCCUUACCUCUGCUGUUACACUACCUGUGACAGUAGCUUCUGCUGAAAGAAGCUUUUCAAAAUUAAAACUGCUGAAGACAUACUUAAGGUCAACAAUGAGUCAAGAACGUCUGAAUGGGCUUGCUCUGAUGAGCAUCAACCAAGAGAUCUCAAGAGAAAUAUCAUUUGAUGAUGAUAUCAAGGAAUUUGCCAUUAGGAAGACCAGACGAGUCCCAUUGUAAUGUUACUUCAAUAACAAAGUACCCAUAAUAGCACUUUUGUUUGAAAAUACAGCCCAUUGAUGUCCUAACAGGGUGCUUAAGUUUGCACAAUUUAGAAUUGUAGAAUUUUUUAUUCAUUUAAUUUGUUAAUUCUUCAGAGAUGACUUAACUUUUAAUAGCAAAAAAGAAACUAAAAAUAAUUUCUUGUUUAUUGUCCAUGCACUACAUUUUGAACAGGGUGCGGAAGAGUUUUUGCCCAUUAUAUGGAGAUAUGUACUGAAUUUGUGUGGUCAUUUUACUUUGUGACACUUUAUGUGAAUAAUGAUAACAAUAAUAACAAUAAUGAAAAAGAUAAAAAUGACUUCUUGUUUAUUGUCCAUGCACUGUACAUUGUUUAAUAGUAAUAGAAUAGAGUGAUUAGAUUAAAGUGUUAUUUAGAUGUUAUUAGAGGGUUUUUUUCUGGGGGGCGCCAAAACUCAAUCUCGCCUAGGGCAGCCAAAGACCUCGAGCCGGCCCUGCGCGUAUCUAUUCAUUUUGUCGCGCAUUUAUAAGUAGAGAGCGUGUAGUCGCGUUUUACUGAAUCUUGUGCGCAUCAAUUUGUCAGCACCAGCUAGCAAGCACUGCGGUAAAUACAGCGUUGUUUACACACCAAUCGGAAAAUAUCGGAAAGGACCGAAGUAUUCCGAAUGGUUUAUUUAGCGGGUAAAACAGUUUUGUGAACUAUUAUAUCAUUGGUCACUGAACUGGAAGACAGUGUAUCUCAACCAAUCGUGUGAAGUGUUUUAAAAAUACCCAAGAGCACAUGGCACAUCGUUCUGUCUCAUCCAAACAAGUUUGUAUACAAAUAUGAUCUUAGAGUAAUUAUAUGACAGUGUGAAGACAUACCAAGUCAUUUGAUUCUGAUUGAUAAUGGUUUUUGAAGUUUGAAUUUGAUAUUAUUUUCCUAAUGCCAAUAUACAAUUAGUUUGAUAAUGUUUGGUAGGCUAUUAUGUAAGUUUUAUUUAAAAAUAUUAUGAAAUGUUUAAUCUGUUCUUGUGUAAUUGUAGGUACUGUAAGAUUGUAAAUGAUAGAGAUUAUAUACUUUUUAGGAAGUCUGAAUUUUGAGAUUAUCUCCAGUCAUUUAUGUCAAAAUCUAGUUUAAACACGGAUUGUUUAAUGUUUUUCACUUUCAGGAAAGGUGGUCUGAGCAAAACAAAUGAUAGCAUUUUUAAAUAUUUGAUAGUGAUUUUAUUUUAUUCAGAAAGUCAGAUUUUUCAUCUUAUUAAUUAAUAGUGGCAAGACUACAUGGAUUUUAGACAACUAUAUCAAAUGAUGCAAUAUUAACCUAGUCAUGUUUGAUAUGCAGUAUUAUACUACUGGUGGUCAAACUGGUAAAAAUAGGCUAGUCACAUGAUUUAUAGUAAAACAGUAACCUAGUCAUAUCACAGAAAACUAGUCAUAUUUGUAAGGUUUUGCAGUAUAUAAUUCUUCAUAUAGUUUUUGAUUUAAAAUCUUUACAUUUUUAAAGUUCAGAUCUGAUCAUAAUGUUUGUGCAAUACUAUAAACUGUGGAUAAGUGUUUGCUGAUAUGGUUUUCAUAUCACUGUAUUAAAGGAUAUGUAUAGUGCCUUAAUUAUGAUAUUAUAUAGAUUAACAUCUGAUAUGAAUGUUUGUUACAUGUAUUUAGUUUUAUUAAUAAAACUGUUCUGUUUAUAGAUGUACUCUUAAAAAUAUCUACCAAUAUAUUACUUAUUUUUCUGUCCCCACUAACUGGAACAAAUGAGGGAUAUUUUUACCCAUGUUAAUAUUUUCUGUCCCCCGUUUCUACAACUAGUGAGGGAUCUGUCCCCUAUUUUCAAAUUCCUAGAUUAGGCUCUGCUACAGUAGCACUCAAGUAUUCAGUGCUGUUAAGGUCGCUCCCUAUAUGAAAACAUGCAACCAGUUCAGACAAAAAUAUAAACAGAGUAUUCUGUUAAUUGAACUCAAAUUCAAGCCCCUUACAAUAUGAAAUAUCGUAUAAUAUGAAAAAUAACAUUCAGUACAACUGAACUGAUUCUAACAUUAAAAGUCCAAUU